UCAGUAAUUUCAAGUCGAUUGAACCAUUAUAUUAAGAUGAUUUGCGCUGAUCUCGACAAAUUUAAUGAAGAUAAGAUCAAACAAAGUGAUUCACUUUUAACCUUCAGCAACAACGACGAUAUACCUAUGCUAGACAUCACAGUAAUGAGGAAAUUUCUCUUUUUAACUCGAAACGUUGUCAAACGUGAUAAAUCGACGAACUCCAUCGAUGAUAUGGAGAAAUUCAGUAAGGUAGUCAGCUUGAUGGAAAAUAAUGUAACAGUUGCUACUGAGAUGGAUGCAAUAGAUCAUUACAGUAAGAAUCCUCAAGAGAAUGGAAAAAGUGCUUUAAGAAUGAUAACAACUGUAGCAGAAGCAUUAGAAGCAUGUUGUGUGAUUCUUGAGGUAUUAUUAUUGGUGGAUAACAGCAGCGAUAGCAAUAAGAAGCUUUUGUCAAAAGAUUUAGUGACGAGCUGUUUACAUCUGGUACGAAACCAAUUAGACUUUACAAUAUAUCCGAUCAUCGAUUUGAGUCUGUUCGCAGACGAGGGUGAUGAUGAUUUAUUUACAACCACUCAAGCAUACCAUUUUGUCAAACUUAUACAAUCUUCUUCACAAGCCCAUAAAAGGACAAUUGCCACAUUCCUACCCAACAUCAUUCGUUUCUUCCGCCAACUUUAUUCGCUCAUUCAAUCUGAGGAGCUUGGCGAUGAUGUCCUUGUUAUUAUUGCCUACAUCAGUGUAGCUCCAUUUUCUCACGAAUUUAUUGAUAAUACUAUCAAUUCAUGUAUUUUAUUCGACGAUAGUAAUGACAGGGUAACCACCAAUAACAGUAGCGUAAAGAACGACUAUUCCACUUUCAACCUGUAUGAGCAACUCAAAUAUUGUGCCCUUGAUAUAUUGAAAAAUAUUUUCAGCCAUUACCCUAAACAGCGAAAAUGGAUCUUUGAAGAAAUUUUGACCAGUAUAGGUUCCUUAACUGCAGUUAUUGAUAGUGGCAAGCAACGUCGUUAUAGAUUGCAGGAUAAUCGAUCCAUUCACAUUACAAGUGCUUUAUUCAUGCAGUUGGUACAAUGUUGUGCCGCGAUUACGGAUGCCACUUCCCAUCGAAACUGGUUCAAAAAGUGGACGAUUCAGUAUCAGAAAGCAACAAAAAAUCAGAAUGUAAAACAGCUGAAAAUAUUAGAUGAUAAAUUGACACAAAGAGCAGCGAAUGCAUGGAAGUCGAGUACCGAAGCAGCAGCGAGUAGUGCCUCUUUUGUCUUAGAAUUUUUGAUGUCAAAGUAUGUAUCAUAUUGGAAAGGAUGUAUAGAAUGUUUCUUCGAGUGCUAA